UCGGUCGCUGGUACACCCAGAUACGGCAGUGGCUACUCCUACGGAUACACCAGUGGCAGCAGCUACCGAACCGGUACAUUUGGUCUCCCAUUCCCAUUCGGCUUUUGGCCACUGUACUACCCGCAUUAUGGUCACUCGGACGAGUACGGCCAGAACACGACAGUGGCACAAAUGAGACCAGGGGGCGACCUCGUACAAGCUGCAAUAGCACCCAACGCAACACAAUGGUACAUUAGCCAAGAAGCGGCGGAUAACGAGACGUAUUGGCUUCUUGGCGACCGGGAGAGCCUGACCGCGAUGCUGCAGAUCCUGAGCGGGUGCAAGGAUUGUCAGACCUACUCGUGUGGGAUCGUCAAUGUGACGGAUGUGCAGCCUAUGUCUAUCGACCUUGGCAAUUUCACCAUGUCGAAUAAUAUUGUCAUUCCCGUCAAUAGCUCGACGGCCCCCCCUCAAGUCCAGAACAUUGUCCAGUAUUAUCGAGCAAGCUCGUUCGCACUUGCUUAUACCAAUUAUACGAAUACGUAUGCUGUUGCGCCGUUGAACGAGACGACGGAGGUGGGGUGGGGGAACUCGACCGCGUUGCCUGAGUUACUGACGCACUCUGCGUUUCUUCAAUGCGUGAACAAUACGCUGGUGGAUGGACUGCCUAUCUUGAAUGCUGUGGGUAAGACCAAGGUGGUGGGGUUCCAGUUGGGGAGAGGCCCUGGUACCAGUGGAAAUACACUAGGCGGCAGCGGUGGCACAGGCCGCUCUCCAGUCUCCUCAGUCUCCUCUUUUGGCUCUGGCAAGCAAGCCGACUAUUUCUCCUAUGGGGGAGGCAAGUCCUUCACCCUCGGCUCCUCCUCUCCCUUCUCUGGUCGACUGAUGGGAGGUGGAACGCGCGACGCGGUCGCGGGCACUCCUCGUUACGGGAGUGGAUACCCCUACGGCUACACCACAGGCAGCAGCUAUCGAACAGGCACGUUUGGUCUCCCCUUUCCAUUUGGUUUUUGGCCAAUCUACUACCCGCAUUAUGGCGUGUCGCACGAGUAUGGGGAGAACAGCACGCUCGCCCAGUUGAGACCAGGCGGGGACCUCGUACAGUCUGCGAUCGCACCCAACGCGACGCAAUGGUUCAUUAGCCAAGAGGCCGCGAACAACGAGACGUAUUGGUUGUUGGGCGACCGGGAGAGCGUGACGGCCAUGUUGCAGGUGUUGAGUGGGUGCAAGGACUGCGAGACCUUUUCGUGUGGGAUCGUGAAUGUGACAGAUGUCCAACCGUUGACAAUUGACCUCACCGAUUUUCUCGGCACGAAUAACGAUACGACGCCACACGCCAAUAGUUCGACCACACCUCCCGAGGUGCAGAACAUAUUCCAGUACUAUCGAGCGAGCUCGUUUGCGCUCGCCUAUACCAAUUAUACCAACAUGUAUUCCAUUGCGCCGCUCAAUGAGACGACGGAUGUGGGAUGGGGCAAUUCGACCGGUUUGCCACCCUUGUUGGCCAAUUCAGCCUUUUUGCAAUGCGUCAACAAUACUCUUGUCGCAGGUCUACCGAUCAUCAACGCAGCUGGAAAAACCAAAGUCGCCGGUUUUGGACUGACCGCGGUCAUUAGCACCGCGAUUGGUGCUGUCCUCUUGGCACGGCAGCACAUUUCUACACCUCCACAACACGACGACGACGUAGAUGACAACAUGGACGAACGAAUGAUAUCCGAUGCAUUACCACCACCUCCGAAUAACCACCACUUGGAUCCCCCUCGUACCUCUGCAUCUUCAGCCCACAAGCACAACUCCACAUCCACGACCUCCAACUCUGAAGACGAUGAGCGACCAUCUGAAGAGUCGCAAAAGUCUACCACGAGCAACGUCAUGUCGCCCAAGUGGAGUAAUAACGGGACGGCGAUGACAGUGGAGAAGGACGGUAUACCGAGCUAUCGACUAGGUUUAGUACAAAAGAUUGUCAAAAUGAGCAACGAGCAUGUUGCGAUUUCGAGAGAAGCCGUCUUUGUUCUCGCUUUGGCGGCGGAGGGGAUUACACGUCAAUUAGCACGCGCUGCAAACGAGACGGCCAAAAAUGACGGUCAUCAAGACAUUUCAGUUGGUGAUAUCG